ACUCGCUCCUGACUUGCUCUCUCCCUCCAGGCAUUGGCGCGGCGGCCUGUCAAUCAGCUCUGGGCGGCAGCCCCCCGCGCGGGGGCCCGCGAUGCCCGGCUUGGCGACAGGCGGCGGGGACGGCGGCCGCGGCGCAGACACUCUCCCUCCCGCCCGCGCGCGCCCGGGCAGCGCCGGCGGCGGACGGGCGGCGGCGGGGGCGCCCUCGGAGCCCCGCGGAGGGGGCGUGCGGCCGGGGAGCGGUCCCGGGGCGCGGCAUGGAGGAGGCGGCCAUGCAGCCGGCGGCGGAGGAGGGGCCCAGCGCCCCCAAGAUCUACAAGCAGCGCGGCCCCUACAGCGUCCUCAAGACGUUCCCGGGCAAGAGGCCGGCGCUGGCCCGGCGCUACGAGCGCCCCACCCUGGUGGAGCUGCCGCCGCCCGGCCGGCCGCCCCCGCCGCCCUUCGCGCCGCGCGCCGCCGGCUCCAGCGGCUGCAGCGAGCCGCCGCCGCCGCCGUUCCCCGCGCCGAGCGCCUACCCGCCGGCGCCCGGCCGCGCGGUCACCGCCGCCGCCGCCCCCUCGUCGUCCUCGCCCUCCGCCGCCCCGCAGGGCCCCCCGAGGACGCCCGCCGCCGCCGCCGCCGCCUCGUCCUCGUCCUUCGCCGCCGUCGUCCGGUUCGGCGCGGGGCCGGCGGCCGGCGCGGGCAGCAGCGGAGCCGGCGCUGACGGGGCGAGCCUGGAGCUCAGCGCAGAGAGCCGCAUGAUCUUGGAUGCCUUUGCCCAGCAGUGCAGUCGGGUUCUUAGUCUCCUUAAUUGCGGAGGCAAACUUCUGGACUCCAGCCAUUCCCAGUCCAUGAUUUCCUACGUAAAGCAGGAAGGCUCGUGUUAUACCGAGAGACAGGAUCCGUGUCACGUGGGGAAAGGGGUCCACAGUCAGACUGCAGACAGCGUAGACCUAGAGAUGCAAUAUAUGCAAAGGAAGCAACAGACUUCUGCCUUUCUGAGAGUUUUCACCGACUCCCUGCAAAACUACCUGCUCUCGGGGAGCUUCCCAACCCCAAACGCCUCGUCGGUCAGCGAGUACGGCCACUUGGCCGACGUGGACCCUCUGUCCACCUCUCCCGUGCACACACUGGGAGGCUGGACCUCCCCGGCAACGUCGGAGUCCCACGGUCACCCGUCGUCCUCUACGCUGCCCGAGGAGGAGGAGGAGGAGGAGGAGGAGGAAGGCUACUGCCCCAGGUGCCAAGAGCUGGAGCACGAGGUCAUUUCCCUGCAACAAGAAAACGAAGAGCUCCGACGGAAAUUAGAGAGCAUCCCAGUGCCCUGCCAGACGGUUCUAGAUUACUUGAAGACGGUGCUACAGCAUCACAACCAACUCAUGAUCCCACAGCCAGUUGAGCAGCCCUCCGAGGGAAGCAAGCAGCUGUUGAACAACUAUCCUGUCUACAUAACGAGCAAACAGUGGGACGAGGCUGUAAAUUCUUCAAAGAAAGACGGGAGGCGGCUCCUGCGGUACCUCAUCAGAUUUGUUUUCACAACCGAUGAGCUUAAGUACUCGUGCGGCCUUGGGAAAAGGAAAAGGUCAGUGCAGUCAGGAGAGACAGGUCCCGAAAGACGCCCUCUGGAUCCAGUUAAAGUAACAUGCCUCCGAGAGUUCAUUAGGAUGCACUGUACCUCCAACCCGGACUGGUGGAUGCCCUCGGAGGAGCAGAUAAACAAAGUGUUCAGCGACGCCGUGGGCCAUGCCCGGCAGGGCCGCGCGGUGGGGACGUUCCUGCACAACGGCGGCUCGUUCUACGAAGGCCUCGACCACCAGGCCCCCCAGGACGACGUCUUCAGUAAGAACUCCCAGGAUGGGUCUGGGGACUAGUGGACAAAACCUUCCCGCGGCAGCGGCCGGUCCUCUCCAGAGUCGCCAUCGUGACUGUCCUGUCUCCAUCGCUGUAGAGCCCACCGCAUGGCGUCCGCCAGGAUGCACAUCCUCAGUCUUAACUCUCUGACCUUCUGCCGCGGUUCCCGGACGGAAAUGCGUUUUGGGUUGUUGGGGAAGUCUGUGGAGCCUGCCGCAGGUUUUCAGAAUUCUAUAUUAUAAAGGGAAAAGGCUAUCAUUGAUCUUAGAAGACCACGUGGUGAGGAAGGGGGCCGGGGAGUGGAGACAAACUCCUGGUCACCUGUCCGAGAUCUUCACAUCAGUCCUGCUUCCUGCACAGAGCUGGCCCCCAUGGAAGAUUGGGCUGUGUUCCUGCCCACGAGGGAAGGUAGAGACAAGGGUUAUUGAAAGGGACAGGAGCAAGCAUUCUCUUUAAUUCAAAUAAGUCGUCUUUAUGUUUUCCAAAGACUUGAAUUCAUGCUUCUCGGCAAAGACAUCAGAUAGGUGACGUAAUAUGCUCUGUCUCCAUUGACAGAGCCUAUUAUUGAGUAGAAGCCAGAGAACAGAGGCCAUCUCUAGACAGUGAUUAGUUGAAAGCUAUUUUUCUCGAUUAUUUUUACCAAAAAAAAAAUCCUCUGCCAGGUUGAUCAGGGAGGCACUAAGUGACCUCUGGAGUUUACAGACAGUCAUAGUUUUCAUUGUGUCAGUCAGGAAACAUCCAGAGAUCCCAGCCAUUGUAAAAUGCUUGACUCUGUAGGUUCCAAUAACCGUAAGUCAGGCUCUGUUGACACAGUGCCAAAGUGGCGGGUUAAACAAGGAGCAUUUCUGUCAGCCCGUGGUUCGGUGCACUGAAGACCAAACAAGUGGUGUGGCUGAUGGUGUCGGCUGGGUUGACCAGAUGUCCCGGAAUUGCGUGUACACAGCUUUAAGGCCGUUCUGACAGCUCUGCAAUGGGCUUGUGCAAUUUCUCUGAAAUUUGAGGGUCUUUGUGUGCUCAGUUGAUCUCUAGAAUUUGCAUAAAACUUGUUUCUCGUUGUCACUGAUGAAAAUUGUUUCUUCCCAACUGUGUGUGCCUGCUUCCCCCAAUACUCCCCUGAGCUACCAGCUCUGUUAACACCCACCGUCCCUGGUUUAAUUUGUUGAGCCCCCUUUGUGUGAAUCAGUAGUGUCUUACCCAGAUGCUGCAGAUAGAGGCUAGGAACUGUUCGGAGGGCCUUGGGUUUGGACCUCAGAGAGGUUUGGACCUCAGACUAAUGCUGGUGUCACAUCCUUUGUAAGCAAAAGGCUAAGUGGACAGCACUGGUUUUGUUUGUUUUGGGGGUUUUGGGACAGCAUUGUUGAUGGCUGUUAAUGUCAUCUACAGACAUGACUAUAAAGAUUUUGGAAAUUCAUUUAAAGUUUAUGAGUAUCCAUUUUUAAAGCAGUUAUUUUUGCCAUUUUUUUGUUAAAGUAAAAUAUUCCUUUAUGUUCAACAAUUUGCAUCAACUAAAUGCACAGGCCUAGAAAUAGGUCCUUCUUUAGCUUUUUAAAUAGUUUCAACCAUUGAAAGGUUUAAUAUUUAUAGAGAUGGUCAUUUGUCAGAUCUGUAAAGUUGUGGAGGGAGGACUAAUAUUUUGAUCCUAUAUUGAAAAGGUUACCUAAAAUCUUGAGGGUUUUUUUUUUUUUUUUAAGAAAUUAUAAGGGCGAAAGAGAUGUUGUUUAUGGGUACCAUGAGACUAAUAUUUGGCUAUACAAAGAAAAAAAUACUUCUGAAGAGUUUUAGAGGUCUAGGAAAUCAGUAUUUUGUAAGAUUCUUUGGUAACAUGAAAUCUUGGCCAGAAGAAAAAUAACCACUAUAACCUGUCAGUCCAUCUUAUUUUUCUUGUUUUGCAUUGGAUUUUGUUAUCCAUAGUUCUGAGUGCAUAUCCCCCCACUUUUUUUUUUUUUUUUUUGUAUAGCAGCAAUAUUUGACCACUGCUUUUUUCAUUUUCUUAGAGGGAGUGGAAGGGAGAGGGAGAGACAGAGAGAAACAUCGUUGUGAGAGGGGCACAUCUAUUGGUUGCCUCCUGCAUGCACCCCACCAGGGCUAGGGAACCUGCAACCAUGUGCCCUUGACUGGAAUUUGCACCCUGGGGCCCUGCCAUCCACAGGAUGUGCUCUAUCCACUGAGCCAAACCUGCUAGGGCUGCCCACUGCUUGUAAAAGCAUUCAGCUCUUACCAUUUUCCUAAAAUCUUGAGAACUGCACACACCUUCACAUCUCCGCAUCACGUGGCGUGUGCUCCCCUGUGUGAGCUGGUCUUUGCUGACGGUGACGAUGAGAGCAUGUCUGCACUCUCCUUGGCCUUAUGGCCAGCGUGCUGAUGACAAAGCGCUGACACCACUCCCGUUACCACCCAGCCGCCUGGCUGCACACAACCUUGCUCCGAAGGCUCCCCUGGUCUCUUGCCCCUCGUCCCCUUUCCAGGCGAAUUGUUUCUGUAUCCGCUGUUCUCCACUCUUUCCCACUUUGCAAAACGCUGGAACUUCAUAUUGGCUCAGAAAGAUGACUGAGCAUCACACCGCCCGUCGGGCUCCCUCUCCUGGAACUAGGACCUGCCUCCCCCUGCCCCUGGGCAGACAUUCUGUUACGUUCUUCUCUGCCCGUGUAUUCCUGUCUAGCCCAGCCCGCCCAGGAGCUACAGCACGCUUGGGCGGUGACACAGGAUCUGCUUAGAUAUUGUCCCAUCUCCUUGGUCCCCGUCCCAUGCCAUCCUCUAGGCUUCCCCUUUAAGGCUAGUAUGUUAGCUGGUCCGUGGUGGUCGCCUGCGUGGACACCCGAUGUCUAAGUCAGGGCUUGCAGAGACGGCUCACUCGCUUUUCGGCAGGACCGGCGUGGCCGCUGUGUAGGACGGUUCAAAGCUCGCUGUCCCUGCUGUCAGCCUUUCCACUGACCUCUCUGGAGACCUGAAGAUGGUUCUUAUUUUCUCGAUUUAAUUUUCUACAUCUUUGUUUGGAAUUGGACGAAUUGUUCUCGAGACAAGAAACGUAGACUCAGCUUUUAGAAUCUUCCCUGAGUCGGUGGAGCCUGGGUAUAAAGCAGGUCGCGUUGGCUCAGCUCCGGACUCAGCCGGGCUCCUGUGCAUUGGCGUAGGAGGAGCUGGCAGGACUGGCCUGCCACCAACCACUAACGUCAUGUUUUGUGACCGCGUGUGGGCCCUCACCCCGCUGUCCGAAGUGCCCAUACCUUCCAACAGGCACAGCCUCUUGAUGUGUCCUGAGUUUUUCCAAGUUAAAGCCUGUCACGAAGCGUACCUGCUUUCACAGUGGCCUGGAGUUCCGCUGGGCUCAGCACGCUAGUCCAGCGGCCUGCCUUGGAGGACAUAGGCCAGGAACUUGGGAACUGUAGUCUGUAGUCACAUUCCUCACUGUCUUUGAAGGUGCGCUGUUCAGAAUUUUAGCAGUGAACCUCAAUGCCAAGGGCUUUGGAGAUAAACGCUAGGCAUUAAAGUUCGCGCCAUCCCCUUCUGCUUGAAAGUAUUUCAUCCGGCCCUCGAGCCCUGGCAUCACCACUCUCUUGUUCCUCGUGUUCACCACAGCGUUGAGGUUAUUGUCACCGUUGGCGUUUCACAGGCGUCGCUAGGAACAGAGAGGAUAAUGUGGAGUAUCGGCAUAAGAUUGCUGUCACCCCCUUUGGUAGGGGAAUCGGGUACAUUUGACUGCUUCACAGCUUUAGAUAUGGAUUCUUUUAUAAUCUGGGUCUGUCUUAGCCCUUCUAAAUCAUCAAAACAUUGACCUUAGAGAUGCCUUCAUUAGGAUUAUAAGGAGGUUUAAUUAUUACAAUGUAUUUGAUCUGACUACUCCAUGUGUCCACUAUCAGUAGAAUGGUUUCUUCAGUCCAGUAAAUAUCAGGUGCUUUCCCCAGAUUUGGACAAUACUCCAAGCUUGGGAGUCUGCAAGUUCAUGAUUUCUACAUCUUUCUGCCACCUUGAAUGGCUUUUCCUUCUGCUGCUGUCAGAGUAUGGAUGAAGGAUCAAAUAAGAUGAAAUGUGCACUAGUUUCAGAAAAACAAACAUAACAGAGCCUUCGAUUAGAUUCUGUCAUUUAUUAUAUGCUCUAGAAUUUAAACCUCUGACCCACUGACUACCUCCUUAGUUUUUUUUUUUAGAUUUUAAUCAUUUAAAAUACCUCAUUCUUAGGUCACUUCAUUUUUUAGAAAAUAUUUAAAUGUAUAACUUCUCAUUCAGUCCUGUGUCAUUUCACAGUACAGAGCUGUGUGAUAUUUGACAGCUCAGAUACAAACUUUGAGAAAUGUAAUAGAAAAUGAUUUUGCACAUAUGGUGCAAGUCUGGCUAAUGUCUAUGUAAUGUGGCAACACUUAACCAAAACUGCCUGGCAAAACAUGUCAAACGGAAUGCCUGAGUCAGAGUUCUAAUGUAGAUGUGUCUGAACAGCAGCAUGUAUCAUUAUGAUAUAUUUUUGUAAACAUGCUUCUUGCUGUGGUGUAAGUACCGGAUAAAAAUAACCACUUUGCUUGGAAUAAUUAGGAAAAUGUCACCCAGUCAAUGGCCCUCUAGCAUUGUCAGCCAGUGGCUCUUCUUUUUGUGUUGUUUUUUAGAGGAGAAUGAGGAAUUGAUACCAGACAAUGUGGAGUGCAAAAAUAAUCACCCAUCCAUAUUUGCCUCCUAAUAUGUAAAACUUAAAGCUGUGCCAUAUAUUUACAAACAAGAGACCAUUUUGACCCUCCACCGUAGACUUAUUUGUGAAAAGUAUUGAAGGACCGUGCUCCUGAUCAGUUUGGCUAUUGAAACCUCUUAAGUUACCAAUAUUUGUGGUAAACGUGACCAGUUUAAUUUUUCUCGUGAGCAUAAGGGCUAGAUUUUCACUGAGUCACACUUCCCCAGAUUGCAAUGAAAAUACACCUGCUAAUGAGACUUGUUCAAACACCAGUUCAUUCUCAGAACAACUGCACCAAUACAAGGGCCCAGGGGUCUUUGCCUUGUUGGAAAGCUGAGGUCCCUCCAGAACCACGGACAGCAACAGUAAUGCCCACAGCUGAUGGUCAUCGAGCUCCUGUGUGCCGGGUGCUUUGCUAAGGCUGCUACUGUCAUCACCGUUUUAUUGGUGAGGUCUCUGCCCAGGAUAUCAGCUAAUAAAAGGAUCAAUUUGGGCUCAUUGAGCAGAAUGCCUAGUUCGGUUUUCCCUGUAGUCAAAGUUCUCAAAUAAAUAAAUAAAUAAUCUUUUUUAAAAAGUAGUGAAUAAAUUUAAAUCUUUUAUUUGUUCGGAUUUAUUCUAUACUUUCCCAGUAUAAAAAUGCAAGGAUAUCAAAGCAAACAUUUAGACUGAGCGAAGUGAUAUUUUUGGGGUGGACUCCUAGAUGUCAGACACGGCAUCCGUCAGCCAAUGUUCCAUUUGCUUCUGCCCUGUGUCCGUAGCCUUUGACUCGACGAGUCUGGUUGGAAAAGAGGGUUUUGAUUUUUGAUGUCACUGUGAAAACUGUCGUGAAGAUUUUGUAGGAAAAAUAACAGUAACCUGUCGAUUCUUUCCUGUGGUUGUGGCUUUACCAUCUCUGUCUGUGUGUAAGUUCAAGAGCAUGCCAAGGCCAGGAAGGCGUGGCUUGUGUUCCUUGGAAACGGGGCAUGCCGAACCCAGAGCUGGGUCCCGAAACGUUCCACGUCUCUGGUCCGGCUGCCCCUGCCCCGUGUAAGCAUUGCCUUUAUGUCUCUGGAGCUCUAUGUAGCAGCCUGACGCUGGGCCGACCUGCCUUUUCCCUGUUUUCUAUGACGAACACUCGUGGAGAAACUGUGACAAAUCCAUUGACCUUGAUAUUUUUAUUGUGGGAGUCCUGUUGAUUCUCUACGAAUCCCUUCUCUUGGAUUGUACUGUGUAGAGUUUGAACGCCCACUUAGGGACAAGUGAAUAGAACUAUACAUGCAUAGUGUAAUAUAGAAUAGCAGGAUUUUUUUGUGGACAAUUUAUAUAGAAGAGUGCGUUGUUUUUUAAGUGGUAGGCACCUUUCUUUUAGGAACUGAAAAUGUUAUACGAGUUUUUUAAGCAUUUAAUAUUUUUUAAUUAUCAGAAACAUUUGUUACUAGAGCCAGUUAUUUCAGGUGUUCUAAUUGGAGUAUUGAUUUUAUUACCUCAUAUACCUCUAGAAGGCCACGUGUUCUGUUGGAGAUAAAAAUUGCACAAUAAAUGUCAAGUCUCUGUUAAGUG